UAUUCCAUGAUCUGGAGCAUCAGAAUUUGGAUUUUGGUAACCAUUGGCUGAUUAUCCGAUAUCCGCAUUUGUUUUCUCAGUAAAUGUCCCGACUCGUAGCUAAUGACUUUUUUCCCCCUUUUACUUCAAAAUUACUUUUCCUUCGUGAACAGUUACUGAUUUUUUAAUGCUUUCCUGGGUGUCUUGUAAGAUGUAUUUGUGACUUCCAACAUUGAGAUAAUUGAGAAAAAGGAUGGUCCACAGUGUGGAAAGCUCUUACAAAUAUGACUUUUGGUUCCGGAAUACAACAGAUCAAAGUGUUGAGCUCAGCUGCCUCAUGCCCAAUGGCAUAUUCAUACCUCUGGAAGUCAACAGAAAUAUUACCCUUCAUGAAAUCAAAGAGGAUUUGUGGGAUGAAGCGACAAAAUACCCACUAUUGGGACUCCUCCAUGAUGCGAAUUCUUACAUAUUUUGCUGCAUUAAUUCUUUGGCUGAGACAGAAGAACUUAUUGACGAAAAUAAACGUCUCUGUGAUAUUAGGCCGUUCAGCUCUGUCCUGAAAAUUGUCGAAAGGAAAGGAGACAAAGCAGAAAUAGUCUUAAACCAACAGAUCAGCUUAUUAAUUGGCAAAAGUUUGCAUGAAUUUGACUCAUUAAAAAAUCCGGAAGUAAAUUCUUUUCGAUCGCGAAUGAAACAGUUGGCAGAUGAUGAAAUCCGUAAGCGUCAGCAUAAAUCCUGGUUUGAAAGGUUAUUAUAUCAAUUCCCCCCUCGCUUGACAGCGGCAGAUGCCACUCUCUCAAGGCACAUACUCAGCCGCUUAAAGGAUGGCAAUUUUGUUAUUCUCAUCAAAUUCGACAAUACUGAGAUGAUGUUUACUUUUAAUGUUCCUCAUACAACUACUCCCGAACUUCUAAUCAGUAUGAUAUUACAAAAGAAAGCUAUCACAUUAAACUCUAAAGGGGAGCAUGUUUCUGAAUUUGCGCUUAAAGCUUGUGGGCGUGAGGAAUAUCUCGUUGGUGAUUACCCGCUGAUACGAUUCCUGUAUAUUCAAGAAGCUCUAUCUCAGGAUGCAACACCGUCGUUGGUCAUCAUUUCAGUGCACAAAAUUCCAGUUCAUGUGGAAAAUGUCUAUGAAAAUCCUGAUGAACUGGACAAUAGAAAAACAAGAACUUCUUUCUCUACAACUACGUUACGAAAGAAAACUAAGUACAUCUAUGCGUUAUCAAUUCAUGAUAAAUUUAGGUUCAAGAUUUGUGCAAUUAGUCGAAUGAACUGUGAUGCAAAUAAAAUCACAGAGGUUGGUGUUCACUGUGGCAUUUUUCAUGGUGGAAAAUCCUUAUGCGAGGCACAAAAAACCACUGAAAAAGAGGUUGCAAAAGAUGGCAGUGCUGAAUGGGAAAAAGACAUCCAAUUUGAUGUGGCGGUCAGUAAUAUCCCUCGAAUGGCCCGGCUGUGCAUAGUGGUUUAUGAACUCUCAAAGACAAAAGGAGUCAAAGCUAAAAAAUUACGUGAUAGCAAACAGGAUGUACUAAUUAAUCCUCUCUACUGGGUGAACACAACAAUCUAUGAUUACGCUGAUGACACUCUUUCAGAAGACUCAUUAAAUCCAUUGGGAUCCGCUGUUUCGAAUCCCAAUAUUGAGCACUGUCCAGCCUUAACUAUAUCUUUUCAGAAGUAUGACGGUGAUAGUAUCAUAAUGUACCCGAAUGUAGAAAAAUUAGUCGAAUUUGCCCUAGAAAACCGUGGAAGAGAAGCCAAGGAUGAUAAUUCUACCAAUGAGCAGCCACCCAGAGCUGUUAUUGACAAGAUCAGAUCAAUACAAGAACGGGACCCUCUGUACGAAAUGCAUGUUCAAGAAAGGAAGGAUAUAUGGGGAGUUAGAAAUGAAAUGAUGACUAUUGCACCCACUCUUUUGCCGAAACUUUUGGGCUGUGUCGAGUGGAACAAUGCAGAGGAAGUAGCAGAAAUUACGAGGUUGAUCCGAGAAUGGCCGUUGUUGCCUCCUGAAAAUUCUCUCGAACUUUUAGAUUAUGCUUAUGCCGAUCAGAUGGUCAGAAGCUUUGCUGUGCGUUGCCUAUUUAAAUUUGGUGAUGAUGAUUUGGAUUUGUUCCUCAUUCAGCUAAUUCAAGCGACCAAACAUGAGGCAUUUUUACACAAUGAUCUUGUGGAAUUCUUGUUAACAAGAGCUCUGGGAAAUCAAAGAAUAGGGCACUUCUUUUUCUGGCAUUUAAGGUCAGAAAUGCAAGUUCCAGCCUUAUCAAUCAAACAUGGCUUAAUCCUGGAAACGUAUUGUAGAGGAGCUCCAGAGCACAUGAGAAUAUUGGAUAAACAAGCACACAUGAUUGAGAAGUUUAGAGUCAUAACCGAAAUCAUAAAAUCCAAAAGAGAUAAGGAUAAAGAUAAAGUUAGGCAGUUUUUGGUCACUUAUUUACAAGAGCCACAUUGUGUUGAAGCAUUUUCUGAUGUCUACAGUCCCUUAGAUCCAAGCAUAAAAUUGAAGAGGUUGAAAAUAGAAAAAUGUAAAGUGAUGGAUAGCAAAAUGCGUCCACUCUGGCUUGUGUUUGAUAAUUCGGAUGUUCAUGGUGAUGAUAUUCACAUUAUUUUCAAAAGUGGAGAUGACCUCCGUCAAGACAUGUUAACGCUUCAAAUGUUCAGGAUAAUGGACAAAAUGUGGAAAGAAGAAGGUCUAGACUUGCGGAUGACCCCUUAUCAUUGCAUUUCAUUGGAUCAACGCCUUGGUCUCAUUCAAGUUGUUCUAAAUGCAGAGACUAUUGCAAAUAUUCAGAAGGAAAAGGGAAUGUUCACAGCCACCUCAGCAUUCCGCAAAGGAUCUUUGCUAGCAUGGUUGAAAGAUUACAACCCAACAGAAGCUGCUCUCAAUAAAGCAACAGAAGAAUUUAUGUACUCGUGCGCUGGAUACUGUGUUGCAACGUAUGUGCUUGGAAUAGCCGAUCGGCAUUCGGAUAACAUUAUGAUUAGAACAAAUGGUCAGUUGUUCCAUAUUGACUUUGGUCACAUUUUGGGUCAUUUUAAAGAAAAAUUCGGCUUCAGAAGAGAACGGGUGCCAUUUGUUUUAACUCAUGAUUUUGUAUACAUCAUUAACAAAGGACAGAAAUCAAAAGAGGAGGCAAAAGAAUUCCAGAUUUUCCAAAAACUGUGCGAGCAGGCUUUUUUGAUUUUGCGGCGGAAAGGAAGCUUCUUCAUGUCACUCUUUGCAAUGAUGAUCUCAACGGGCUUACCGGAACUUAGUAGUGAAAAAGAUCUCCAGUAUCUUCAAGAUACGUUAAAAAUGGAUCUAUCAGAGGAUGAAGCAUUGACACAUUUUAGAAGUAAAUUUGAUGAAGCUUUGAGUAAUUCUUGGAAGACUUCACUCAACUGGGCUUCUCAUAACCUUGCCAAAAAUAAUAAACCUUAAGUUGGAACUUUGCAAGGAACCCACGCAAGUAUUUUAAUUAAUUGAUCAAAUACCCUGUUUGAUUUACUAACCUGUUUACCUUGUCAUCAGUUUUGAUUUAAACUCACCUAAUUGUAUAUAUUACUUUUUUUUUAUUUUUAGUUUUAAUUAAACAUGCCUAUCAUAGCAUCAUUUAGCUUCUUAUCUACAAUUCACUCUUAAAUAAGAGUCAAAGAAAUCAGUUUUCAAGAUUCAGUGAACAUUUUUUUCAGAGAUUUAGCUAUGUAUUUAUAUUGCAUGUGUACUGGAAAGAACUUCUAUUGAUCAUAAUUAAUUCCUGUGCAAUUUAUUCACUUAUCGUAAUUCUCUCCAGGAUAAUGUCCUGUGGUCUUUCAGUUUUAUAAGUUAUUCUGUGCAUUCAUUUCCUUUUACAUUUGAAUAGAGCAAAA